AUGCAAUCAGAGCCUUCUGACGUUUUCAAUCGUCCACACACGGUAGAACCAUCUUCAGAAGACCUCUUCCAUCCCACCCAGCAUGGACAUGAUCUUUAUGGUGUCUCCCAAGUCUCUGGCUGUCUCCCCGGAGACGCCAGAGACUCUGUGGACUCUGACUCAUCGAUCAGCGAGCCGUCGAUUCUGAAGCACUCUGAAUCUUCGCCCGCAGCCGGUCAAGUCAGCCAGUAUGAGGAAACGGUUUUUGGAUCUUCGCCGAGGCACUCGGAUUUUGGUUUCACAGUGACGCCAAACUCGAAGCCCUCCGACUUGUCCCUCGAUGAUUUUCCAAAUGAGGUCCUAACCCAUAUUCUCUCCCACCUGCCUCCGACGGCUCUCUCGUCUAUUGCGCUGGUAUCUCGUCGGUUCCAUAGUCUUGUCACUACCCCUCACGCAUGGCGGAUCGCUUUCUCGCGGUAUUUCCCCGGACCAUCAGUCUCGGAAGACGCUCAUGCCUCCGAUCGAUUGACGUCAGACCGACGGUAUUUCUCGAGACUCACUGCGCUCGCAUCGUGGAGGAGUGAGUAUAUUCUACGAACUCGGCUUUUGCGGUCUCUUUCCAGAGGCAAGCCGGCGCAGUUCGGGCUAGCGAAAAGAAACGCCGCGGUUCGGUCCGCAUCGGUUCGCAAUGGCAGUGCGAUUGCGACGUAUACCUCGCAGCUUUUGUAUCCCGUCAGCCAUCUGGCUGGGACCUUUGGGGGAGAAACUACGAAGAAGGAACCUCUGUUCAUCCACGGAGCUUCAGAACAGUGCGCCGUAACCGCAAGUGCGCCAUCGGCCGUAAAGGUUGGCACUUGGGGCUUGGCCGACCACAACUUCUCCCGCCAUUUUGCGGAUUCGUUUCCUGGUGAAGCUCAAUAUGGACUUGGGUCUGGGAAUCUUGUUGGUGUUCCGAAUUCUAUGGAUGUCAGCCAGCCGUAUGGUAUGAUUUAUGGCGAGGGCUGCCCACAGGGCCGCACUUAUUAUAUAUCAACCGCCGAACAGAGAGGCAGGUUCUUGGGUCUCCUCAGCGACGUCGGCUCGCAGCCUAAACUCGGCAUUCCCGCCAUCAACCAGAUAACAACCGCCAUUACCUCAGUGUGGAUUGCGAAAUCUGCGGAAAUACUCAAAAUGACUGGCGGUCUGGUUGGCAUGUUGGCUGGAACCUCUUCCGGAAUCCUCACUGCUUAUGCACUUGGGCCUCACCCGACAUACGAGAAGCGAUUCGAGCGAGGUCAGGCUACCGCUCGAUGGGUUCUUAGCCCCGGUGUUCCAAUUGUCGGGAUCGCCGUUGACGACAACUUCUCCCAGAAGCGCUAUUCUCGGCGCCGAGUGUGGGCAGCAGUCGUCAACGCGUUGGGAGAAGUGUUCUAUCUGUCCGAUCUACCGCAGCCGCCCGAGUCCAUGCCAGCUAACAUCACGCCCGAAGCUGCCGAUCUCCUAGCCUGGAAAACGGGGCGUAGUGUUCGGUGGGAGCUAGUGGAGGUCAGCAGGCGGACUGCUCGACCUGAUCCGUUUAACCGCGAGCUCGUUGAUGGCAGCUACAGCCCUAGAUCGUCUUCGGACUCAAUGAAGCUUAGUGACGAACAAGUCGCAGCUGAGACUAAGGAGAUUGAGCAGUAUUUGUCAUUCAAACCGAAACAUUUCCGUAAGGUAUGCGAGAGUUGGAACAUGAGGCGCGAUCUCAAAGUCGAUUUCGCUGGAGACGACCACCACGGUGCUGGCGAGUCUUUUAUCGUUAUAGAACGUGGUGAUGGAGAGGAUGAGAAAGCCGCCAUUCGGAGAUACACCCGCAAGCUUCUUGCUUCCCACCGGCCAGUGCCUGUCAAGAAUGAUUUGUGGACUACUUCGGCACCCCCCACAAGCUCCAUCUUCGGCGGACCCGUGAACCCUCCAGCAGUCUCCUCUGCUGAGAGCAGUUUCCCACCUUCCCGGGCCUCAAGUCAACUUUACCAGUCGGUCUGCUCGCCUUCGAAUACCGAGUGGUACAUCUCAGACUUCAACUUCGGUGGUCGGAAGUCUGUACAGAUCACAGCAAGCGCAAUAGAUCUUUCGACGUAUGCGAUAAUAACGGCCGAUGAAGAUAUUCUACUGCUGUCCGGUAAUCCUGAGUCGUCUUCUGUCGUGUCAUCACCCCUUCCGCACAUGGAGCGGCCAGCUGGCUCCGAGAUUCCAGGCCACCGCGCGCGAUACAUGGCCGUUGGGACCGCCAGCGGGUCUGUCUUCGUCUGGGACAUUCGUACGCCCACAUCGAAGACUUCUGAACUAGUCAAAUCCAUUGAUCCGAUUCGUACCAUAUACACAGACUCGCCGCAAGUGUCUUGUGUCGCUCUUACGUCUCUGUACUUGGUUCAUGGUGGAAAUGAUGGGCUGGUACAAGCCUGGGAUCCCCUUGCCUCCACAACUCGGCCAAUUCGCACUAUCAAUUCGCGUUUCUCUUCGCGUGCCCGCCGCCGGUUGGUACAAGCAGAAGCUUCGUUACAUGGGGUUGGCAACAAUUUCUACGCGACCGGGGCUAUUUCCCUCGACCCCGACCCAACCAACCUUAGGGGAAUGGUUGCUCUGGGAACACACCUCCGCUACUGGUCGUACAGUUCGUCAGCCGCAGACCAAUAUAAGAGCAACAAGCGGAGGCUUCGCCACGGUCAAAGGGGUAUCAACCCGGCGGCUGGCGGACAGCGAUUCAACAACAGCGGACGUGGAGCCAUCAUAGAUCACAUCGAGGAUGAGAAACAAGAAAUGAAGCGGCAGGCGCUGGCCGACCAAAAGGAGAGAGCGCACCUGAGUAAUAGAUUCGGUAUCGAUCUCUUGGGUCCAGAUGUUAGCGAAGAGGAGCUUCUCGCCUACGCACAGCUGUUAAGUCAAGAAGCAUACAGUAGCGAAGCCGUGAAGCGUGGUGAUUUCGUGGACGGGUCUGUUAUCAGUACCUCUCCCAGCGAUACCAUCGGUCCAAACGAUAGUUCAUUUGCACCCGAUGAGCUUUCCUCUGCUUCCUCUCCGUGCAAUGAUCCCAUUGAAGACGACCUGGAUCCCGAGAUUGCCGAGGCCAUUCGCCUAAGUUUACUCGAGGACAACCCUGGCUCGUCCGAGGUACCAUCGCCUUUCGCUAUCAAGUACUCAAGUGCUUCCCAAUCGUCCAAGGGCGCAUUCUCCCCCGGCAAAUCCAAAGCCGCAGAAAGCAGCCGACAACAAGAGAUUGACGAUCUGGAAUUGGCCAUCCAGCUAAGCCUCGUGGAAACCCACAACCACGACCACGAUCAUGACCGCGAUUCUCCGCAGCAGCCAGACGAAGAGUUCCCGUCAUUACCAGCAACCUCAGGAUCCCCUGGAAAGAGCAAAGGCAAAGGUCGAAUGGUGUGGUGA